GCGCCUCUACGCGUCUGCGCGGCCCACCCUCGGACUCGUUUAUCUGGGGCGUCUCGCAGAAACUCCCAUUAUCGGAGCAAGCCACCGAACACUAUGCACGAUGGGAGGCAGAAUACGGAUCUGUGUACCGCAUUCCGUACACACUCGGCAUGGACAGGAUCAUGCUUCUCGAUCCGAAAGCAGUCGAUCAAUUUUUCGCGAUGGAUAACACGGUCUACGUUCGUAGCGAUUAUCAGAGGAACAUUUUGAGGGAUUUGACUGGGAAGGGAUUUUGGUGGCUGAGGGCGACGUGCAUAAGCGCCAACGAAAGGUGCUUAUGCCAGCGUUCAGCAAUGCCGCUAUGCGCUCAUUCCACCCUUUCUUCUCCAACUGCGCACACAAGUGUAAGAAUACUUGGGACAUCCUGACGAAGGAUAACGGAGCUGCAAUCGAAAUUCAGACAUGGAUGAACAAAAUCUCAAUCGACUCCAUCGGCCAAGGCGGCUUCUCGCACGAUUUUCGCGCGUUCGAGGGCGAGCAGCCCAUCGUCGCGAAGAUGUUCGAUGCUGACGACGCUUCGACGUCGUUCCUCAACAUGCUUCCGACACUAUUGCUGUUCUUUCCAUGGCUAGACAAGCUGCCCGGUCAAAGGAAGAAGCAGGCGAGGCGGUUGGGCGAGUCGCUGAAGGGCAUAGCGGAUGAAGUGUGGGCGAGGGCGAGGAAAGGGGAGGUAAGCGAUGGGAUGGGGGAAACGUCAGUUAUGAGCAGGUUGAUGCGUGCGAAGGGGUCUGAAUCGGGGUUGCAGCUAUCGAGAGAGGAGGUGCUCGACGAGAUCACAGUCCUAGUCUUAGCAGGCUACAUCACCACCUCGACAACCCUCACGUGGGCCCUCGUAGAGCUAGCUCGAAACCCGGACGCUCAGAAAAAGCUCCGCGACGAGCUCGCACAGUACGAUGGCGACCAGCUUUCGUACGACGAGUUAAUGAACAACAGCAUCCUUCCUUACCUCGAUGCCGUCACGCACGAGACCCUACGUCUACACCCAGCCGCGACUGAGGUCGAACGAGCCAUCCAAGACGACCUCAUCCCUCUCUCCUCCCCCGUCGUCUCCGCGUCCGGUGCCCCUAUCUCACAAGUCCCCGUUCCCCGCGGCACGCUCGUCGCAGUUCCGAUCGCAGCCAUAAACCGCUCCCCGCGCUUCUGGGGCCCCGACGCGGCGUCCUUCCGCCCUGAGAGGUGGCUCGAUGGCGCAGCCGAGUCCGGGCCGGCGGAGGAACUUGUGGGGCACAGGCAUCUGAUAACGUUCGCGAAUGGACCGAGGACGUUUCUGGUAGACGAGGAGGAAAAGCUAAUGUGGUGCGCUUUGCAGACGGUUUUGUCGGUCCUGGCACGACACUUCUCGUUCGAGAUCGACGGUGGAAACGCGCAGAAGGUCACAAUUCUGCGCGGGCGAAGUUUGCCAGCGCGGAUGAUUCUUGGAGAGAACGGGAAGCCGGUGACGUUGAAGGUGACACGGGAUCCUGCUUGA